AUGGAGCGCGGUAAUAGUCCAAAGCGGCGGAAACUUGCAGGAGGUUUCCAUCAUGCCCAUCCCGAUUCGAGCGACGAUCUGGGACCAUCCUUAAUGCCUCAAUAUGCAUCCAGAGGCCGCUCCGCAAGGCCAUCCGACAGACACCAGAGUCGCUUGCACGAUCCAAAGCCGCACCAACAAGAGUUUGACGGCCCAGAGCCUUUCUUCAACGAUGAGGACACCGCGGCCAUGGACCGCGACUGGUAUACGGGAGAUGAGUUUGGCCACACCUUCGGCGACGAAACACAUAACCCUUUCGGCGGUGCAGAUGCUACUUGGGCAGACAAGCAGCGCGAGCAGGCGCUGUUGGACAAGAAGUUGGGCAAGAGGUUGACAGCUAAGGCGGCGCAGAAACAGAAGGAGGUUGAUGCCUGGGAGGCCAAUCGAAUGCUCACGUCCGGAGUUGCGCAAAGGCGCGAUCAGCUUCAGGAUUUUGAUGACGAUGAUGCUGUCCGGGUGCAUCUACUUGUGCAUGACCUCAAACCUCCAUUUCUAGACGGAAAGACUGUCUUUACAAAGCAACUCGAGCCGGUGCCAGCAGUGCGGGAUCCUCAAAGUGACAUGGCCGUCUUCAGUCGCAAGGGCAGCAAGGUUGUACGGGAGAAGCGCCAGCAAAAAGAGCGACAGAAACAGGCACAAGAAGCCACAAAUAUUGCCGGAACCGCUUUGGGCAAUAUAAUGGGCGUGAGAGAAGACGAGGGAGACAGUGCUGCUGCGCUACCAGGUGAGGACAGUGGCAAGAGCAAAUUUUCUGCUCAUCUCAAGAAGAGUACCGGGAGCUCUGCGUUUAGCAAGAGUAAGACAUUGAGGGAGCAACGAGAAUAUCUACCGGCCUUUGCUGUGAGGGAGGAGCUGAUGCGGGUCAUUCGAGACAACCAAGUCAUCAUUGUCGUUGGCCAGACCGGCUCGGGGAAAACGACGCAACUGACCCAGUUUCUCCACGAGGAGGGCUACGGUAAACACGGCUUGAUUGGAUGUACACAGCCUCGAAGAGUUGCCGCCAUGAGUGUCGCUAAGCGGGUUAGUGAGGAGAUGGAAGUAGAGCUGGGUGGAUUGGUGGGAUAUGCCAUUCGUUUUGAGGACUGCACAAGCGAUGAGACGGUAAUCAAGUAUAUGACGGAUGGCGUUCUGCUUAGAGAAUCCCUCACUCAACGAGAUCUAGACAAAUACUCAUGCAUCAUCAUGGACGAGGCUCACGAACGCGCUCUCAAUACCGACGUCCUCAUGGGUCUGAUCAAGAAGGUUCUUGCUCGACGCAGAGACUUGAAGCUCAUCGUUACGUCUGCCACUAUGAAUUCGGAGCGUUUCUCUCGCUUUUAUGGAGGAGCACCCGAAUUCAUCAUUCCCGGCCGCACCUUUCCUGUCGACAUCCAGUUCUCUCGUUCACCGUGUGAAGACUAUGUUGACAGCGCCGUCAAGCAAGUUCUCGCUAUCCAUGUCUCUCAGGGCGCUGGAGAUAUCCUCGUCUUCAUGACAGGCCAAGAGGACAUCGAAGUGACUUGUGAGUUGAUUGAAGAGAGACUCCGCCUGCUAGUUAAUCCACCGAAAAUCAUGGUGUUGCCGAUAUACUCCCAGAUGCCUGCAGAUCUCCAAGCAAAGAUUUUCGAUCCUGCCCCGCCCGGUGUGCGUAAAGUCAUCGUUGCCACCAAUAUCGCAGAAACUUCGUUGACUGUUGAUGGGAUCAUGUACGUUGUCGACUCCGGAUUCUCCAAGUUAAAGGUUUACAAUCCCAAGAUGGGAAUGGACACCCUGCAAAUCACCCCCAUCUCGCAAGCCAAUGCCUCUCAGCGAGCUGGUCGCGCUGGUCGCACUGGACCAGGCAAAGCAUUUCAUUUGUAUACUGAGCAGGCAUUCAAGAACGAGUUGUACAUUCAGACAAUUCCUGAGAUCCAGCGGACGAAUCUAGCAAAUACGGUCUUGCUUCUGAAGUCGCUGGGUGUCAAAGACUUGUUGGACUUUGACUUUAUGGACCCUCCGCCGCAAGACACAAUUACCACCUCACUCUUCGAUCUAUGGGCCCUGGGGGCGUUGGACCACGUUGGCGACCUGACACCGAUCGGACGCACGAUGACCGCAUUCCCAAUGGAUCCUUCACUUGCGAAGAUGCUGAUUACAUCAUCUACCGAAUACGGCUGUAGCGAGGAGAUGCUCACCAUUGUCAGUAUGCUGUCCGUGCCGUCUGUCUUCUAUAGGCCGAAAGAGAGGCAGGAGGAGUCAGAUGCAGCGAGAGAAAAGUUCUUCGUGCACGAGUCGGAUCAUCUUACGCUUUUGCACGUGUACACUCAGUGGAAGAGUAAUGGCUACAGUGAUGGUUGGUGCGUUCGACACUUUUUACAUCCUAAAGCACUACGUCGUGCAAAAGAGAUUCGGGAGCAAUUACACGACAUUAUGGCGGGCCAGCAAAAGAUGGAGCUCGUGUCGUGUGGUACGGACUGGGAUGUCAUACGAAAGUGCAUCUGCUCCGGAUAUUAUCACCAGGCCGCUCGUCGGCGAGGAGUCGGAGAGUACAUCAAUCUGCGCACUAGUGUCACCGUCCAGCUCCAUCCUACCUCCGCUCUGUACGGGCUUGGAGAUCCACCCGACUAUGUCGUCUACCACGAACUUAUCCUGACCAGCAAGGAGUACAUGAGUUGUGUUACGGCUGUUGAUCCGCACUGGCUGGCAGACCUUGGUGGUGUCUUCUACAGCUUAAAAUCAAAGGAGUAUAGCGCCAAGGACAAAAGGAUCAUCGAGAGUGAGUUCAACCGGAAGAUGGAGAUCGAAAGACAAAUGGCCGAGGACCGAGAAAAGGAGGAAAUGAGGCGGCAGGACGAUGAAGAGAAAGAGCGAUUGCUGAUUGGGAGGGCCAAAAGUAGCGGACCCGUGGUUAAGAAGAUGGGCAGCAAUGGAGUGGUCAAGAAGCCGAUAGUCCCAAGAAGGCGGAUGGGGUUUUGA